UGCCCGGCGCCGGGUAUCCAGUUUUAUCAGGGUUUCUUUUAGAAAUGUGCAGUGAUACACAAUUUCACUCUACCGCCGGAGUCGGAGGCACGUCGCCGACGAGCCGACGUUGACGCACCUCCCACCUCUGCGGCGACGCCGCCGCCUCCGCCCCAGCCGCGCGCGCCUCCUAUCCAGCAACGGCCCCGCGUUCUCCGUCCCCGCCCGCCGCGCAGACCGCCACCAGCCCACCACUAGUCCAAUUCGAGAAGGACUAGGUUUGUUUCCGAGCACAGCACCGCAGCCCGCGGGACUCCGGAUCGGCGACGGAAUCUCGAUCGAUCGAUCGACUGGUUCGGCCGCUGAACUCAACUCGUCUCCAAAUAGAGCCAGGGGGGAUUCUUGACCGCCUCGUUGGUCGUUGCUUACCGCGCUCGUCUUCGCAAUGGGGAGCUCCUCCGCGUGCGACGGGACUCUGUCACUCGACGAGUUCAACGCCUCAGCGAAGGCCCUGGUCACCAAGUGGAGGGGGAUUGAUGUCGACGCUCUUCCCGACUGGGAGUGGAGGCCUUGCCGCAAGAUGGGGGUGCCAUCUGAGACAGAGGGGUUUGUAGCCCUCGAAGGAGUCUAUCGAAUUCGUGCAGGAAGCCAGAUUGAGGAGAGCAGUGACGACCCUGUCCCUGAUGAUGAUGUUGUAGGGCAUGAUACCUCGGUUCAGAGCUCUAGGGAUAAUGUUCAUCUUUAUGAUUUCCAUAUUGUCUACAGCUUUUCUUACAAGGUUCCGGUGCUAUACUUUCAAGGUCUUCAGGCUGGUGGGCAGCUGCUAACUUUAGAUGAGAUAAAAAAGGAUCUUCCUCCUCAUUCACUUCAGUUGUUAAACGAAUCAAAGUGGACAUUUAUUACUCGAGAGGAGCAUCCCCACCUAAGUAGGCCAUGGUUCACCCUGCAUCCAUGUGGAACCAGUGACUGGAUGAAGUUGCUUCUUCAUAAACUGGGAGAUAAAGAUCGAUCUCUGCAAUACUUGCCAGCAUGGUUAUCUGUGGCCGGUCAGGCAGUAGGAUUGAAAAUCCCGCUUAAGCUUUAUUGCAGUUCAUAGGUUCACUCUUCUCCACUAUGUAGUACUACUAUUUUGAUUUGUUUAAAGCUACUUGCUUGAAAGAAUCAUGCAAGCUGAAUAUCAUCAGAAUUUAGUGAAGAUGAAGAUAUGAUGGGCUGCUGAUGGAAGUUACCAGUCAGUCAAUGCUCGGCUCAGUUAAGAAAUUUGAAGUGAAAAAAAUAGGAACAUAGUUGAAACAGCAACUCUCAAUUGUUGCGCCGUAUUGAGGUUCUUUACUGUGGAUAGGUGCUGCAGAAUGGUAUUUUGUCAACCCAUUCAAAACCUUGGAGUUUUGAAGGCCUGGAUGAAACCCAUUUGAAUCGUUGGAGUUCUCAGGGCUUGGAUGGCUCAUCUGAACUACUCGUAGAAGCGUCAGGCUACCUUAAUUCAUGGAGACAUGCUUCCCAUUCCCAGCAACUCAGUCAUCAGUCUUAACCUCACUGCAAAUAAGGUCCACUUGUGCUCCAUUAUGAUAUCCUUUUGUUCUACAUAGACGAUGGAGUGUUCUCAUUGCCAGAAAGAAAAGGCCAAGUAGGUCAACCUGAAAUUAUGUGGAUAUGACAAUAUUCAGCAUCUGAGAAUGGAUUUGAUGACUCCAUCGUGCAGUUCCAUUCCUACAUUAACCAACAUGGUCUACGAGGCUAGGAGAAACAGACAUGGUGACAACUUGGACUAGCGAGAAGCGGCGGGGACGAGGGAGACAGGGGAGGAGCCACCCUCCCUCCGAGCGCCGGUAUGAUGUGGGUGGGUGACCGGUGGUCUGGUUUUGGGCCGCGGGAAACCGUUGGCCGGCCCGUUGGCCGGCCAAGCCUGGCAGCAGCGACGUCCCCGACGCCGUCUCCUCCUUGGAGGUGCUGCAGAAGGUCCUUCCCCUUUCCACCCCUGUUCCUCCUCCCGGGUGAAAGCCCAAAAUCCGGCUUGGAUUGGGCGGCGACGGCGCGCUGUGCGUCGUGUCUUCCUUGGGGGCGCCGCCUGGGGAGGGUUGCGUUCAGGUGAGGGGUUCAAAGGUCGGAGCUUGGGUGGCUUGGGUGGUCCGGUGACGGCGGUUUCACGAGUUUCGGCAUGGCUGUAGGCGUCCCCGUCAGCUGCCUGGCAAUGCUCCUCGAUGGCCUGUCGGUUUACUUGAUGCCUCUGCUGUCUUUCUUCUGUAGCUGCACCUGGUGGUUUUCCUGCAGCUCUCAGGCGUUCUAGGUUGUGGCGAUGCGGCAGUCGCGGAGUGCUCGAAUGUUCAAGUGGUGAUGUGCUGCGGCUGCUCCAGGUCCCGAAGCUGGCACGUCCCCUGCUCUAGGGUGAGCGUCUCUCAAGUCCGCCGGGUACGGCGCCUUGCAAGCCAUGGCGAGAGGGAAGGGUCCCUCUGCGGCGAGAGAGACGGCGGAUGUGUGUUGUCUUUACUUGGGCGUGGUCGGGCUCACUUGCCACACUCUGUUGCAAGCAGGUCCUCGUCGUGCUCAUGUGUGCCUCAUCCCUAGAUGGAUGUUUGGCUGUAGUCUUCGGCUAGGACAAGCUUCGUGCUUUGUUUUCCUGUAUUCUUUUUGAGCUUAUGCGACCCGUUGAGUUGUAAGCUUCCUAGAGUGUCCCCUUGUAUCGUUUGGUCGUGGGGUCUGUUUGUGUUUGUAUU